AUGGAAGAUUCACCGGACUUCAUCAAACUCCCGGCAUCAAAUCCUCCCGACGAUGGAAGCCAACCUAGUAAUAACGAACAUAAUUCAGGAGUUAGGGUUGAAUCAAACGAAUCUACAAUUAUCGAAGAGCAAAUCUCAGUGCUCACUGAGAAUGGAGUUCAUAAGAGAAAUGGAAGUCAAGUCAGCAAUUGUGAAAUAGAUGCUAUUAAGAGACCUCGAAUAACUGUUGAUGAACAGCAAGCUUCAGUUCAUGUCAUUUAUAAUUCUUUAACAAGAGAGAGUAAACAGAAGCUUGAGGAGUUAUUACAAAAGUGGUCUGAAUGGCAUAAUCGACAUCAAUCUUCAUCUCAUGAUUCAAACGCUGAGGUGGAAUCUGGUGAAGGGACGUAUUUUCCAGCUCUUAAUGUUGGUCUAGAUAAACCUUCUACACUGUCGUUCUGGAUGGAUGGGCAAACUAGUAAUUUACAAAGCAAGGAAGUUAUUGCAUUGGAUAACAAUUCAGUCCCGCUGUAUGAUCGAGGGUACACUUUCGGAUUAACAUCAACGGAUGAUCCGAGUAUCGGGGACGGGGAAAUGUUGGGUGGGUCCCGGUGCUUCAAUUGUGGGUCAUAUAACCAUGCAUUGAAGGAAUGCACAAAGCCACGUGACAAUGCUGCUGUGAAUUCCGCCCGGAAACAGCAUAAAAGCAAACGGAAUCAGAAUUCCAUCUCCCGGAAUCCGACUCGAUACUAUCAAGACACUCCUGGAGGGAAGUUUGAUGGUUUAAGGCCAGGUGUCCUGGAUUCAGAAACAAGAAAACUUCUUGGAAUUGGGGAGCUUGAUCCACCUCCAUGGCUUAACAGAAUGCGAGAGAUUGGUUACCCACCAGGAUACUUAGAUGAAGAAGAAGAGGAGCAGCCAUCUGGGAUUGAAAUAUUUGGGGAUGAGGUUAUCACUAUUACCACUAUUGCUAACCCAGAAACCGAAGAUGGUGAAAUCCUUGAUAUGGACUUCUCCCCUCCUCCGCCUCCCACAGCUGAGCCGCCAUCACCGCCGCCACCACCGCCACCGCCAAAAAAAAUGACAGUCCAAUUUCCGGGAGUGAACGCGCCAAUCCCGGAAAACGCGGAUGAAUGGAAGUGGGGAGCAAGGGCAUGGAAAUUCGAUUUACCAAGAAACAGAGGAAACCCUAGAUUUUUUAAUCCACCAGAAACUCAUCAUGAAGAAAGAUGGAAUCGGGGUUAUAGAGAAGAUGGAAUUGGGCCACCUGGCGUUGAUGGGCCUUUGGCAUCGAGGUUUACUGAUUACGAGUCUAGAGGAUCGAGUCAUCAUCAUAGCCAUAGGUCUAUGUCUGAAAGACUCAAGAGAAGUCAUGAUGAUGACAGAUGGAAUCCUUAUGAAAACUCAAGAAAAGAAAGGCAUCAAGAGGGACACCAUAGGAGUUGGAGAUGAGUUCCAAAAUUAGAAAGCAUCAAGUGUAAAUGGAGUAGAUGGAUGGAUAGUAAGAAGAUGACAGAUGCUUGUGCUUUUGUUAGUUUAGGCUUCAGUCGAGUAGUACCUAUUAUAACCAUAGACACACUUGACUUAUUGUUUUUCAUUGAAGUUGAUGCAUUGUGGCUGUUGUACUUUAUUAUUAGUAUGGUGGAUGCAUUUGAAUGUUUGAAUUA